CCGCGCGCAUGCGCAGUGCGUCCCGCCGCCGGGAGCGCCCUCGCGGCCUGUGGGGCCGUGUCGCGACAGGCGGGCUCCUGUCGCCUGUCGCCCCACGCGUGAGCCAUGCCGGCCGCCGCCGCGCCGCUGAUCAGCUGCGUGCAGAAGCUGGUGCUGUACGAGACCAGGGCUAGGUUUUUUCUUGUUGGAAGUAAUCCUGCAGAAACCAAGUACCGUGUUUUGAAAAUAGACCGCACUGAACCAAAGGAUUUGGUUAUAAUUGAUGAUAAGCAUGUGUAUACACAACAAGAGGUGAGGGAACUUCUUGGCCGCUUAGACUUGGGAAACAGAACGAAGAUUGGGCAGAAGGGCUCUUCUGGGUUAUCCCGAGCUGUCUCUGCUUUUGGAGUAGUAGGUUUUGUCAGGUUUUUAGAAGGCUACUAUAUUGUGUUAAUAACUAAAAGAAGAAAAAUGGCAGAUAUCGGAGGUCAUGCCAUAUAUAAAAUAGAAGAUACAAACAUGAUAUACAUUCCAAAUGACUCUGUAAGAGUCACUCAUCCUGAUGAAGCCAGGUAUCUGAGAAUCUUUCAAAAUGUGGACCUUUCUAGUAAUUUCUAUUUUAGUUACAGCUAUGAUCUGUCUCACUCCCUUCAGUAUAAUCUUACUGUUCUGAGAAUGCCACUUGAGCUACUGAAAACCGAAACAAGUCAGACCCGACAAGAGAGUUUUGAUAUAUUUGAAGAUGAAGGACUUUCAGCACAGGGUGGAAGUGGUGUAUUUGGAAUUUGCAGUAAACCUUACGAAAAGUACGUGUGGAAUGGGAAGCUGCUGGAGGCAGUAAAAAAUACUGUUCAUCGUGACUGGCUGCUGUACAUCAUUCAUGGAUUUUGUGGGCAAUCAAAGCUGUUAAUUUAUGGUCGCCCCAUAUAUGUCACUCUGAUAGCCAGAAGAUCAAGCAAAUUUGCUGGAACACGUUUUCUGAAACGAGGAGCAAACUGUGAGGGGGAUGUUGCUAAUGAAGUGGAAACUGAACAAAUCCUUUAUGAUGCAUCGGUUAUGUCAUUUUCUGCGGGGAGUUAUUCUUCCUAUGUUCAGGUUCGAGGAUCUGUCCCUCUGUACUGGUCUCAAGAUAUUUCAACUAUGAUGCCUAAACCACCCAUAACACUUGACCAAGCAGAUCCUUUUGCACAUGUUGCUGCUCUUCACUUUGACCAAAUGCUUCAAAGAUUCGGCUCCCCCAUUAUUAUUUUGAAUCUUGUGAAGGAACGUGAAAAAAGAAAGCAUGAAAGGAUUCUUAGCGAAGAACUUGUUGCUGCUGUGACAUAUCUCAACCAGUUUUUACCCCCAGAGCAUGCAAUUAUAUAUAUUCCUUGGGAUAUGGCCAAAUACACAAAAAGCAAACUUUGUAAUGUGCUCGAUAGAUUGAAUGUGAUUGCAGAAAGUGUAGUAAAGAAAACUGGAUUUUUUGUGAAUCGACCUGAUUCGUACUGCAGUAUUUUGCGGCCAGAUGAAAAGUGGAAUGAACUUGGAGGUUGUGUUGUUUCCACUGGUCGCCUGCAGACUGGAGUUCUCCGAACCAAUUGUGUGGACUGCUUAGACCGUACUAACACAGCGCAAUUUAUGGUGGGAAAAUGUGCUUUGGCAUACCAGCUCUACUCACUGGGACUGAUUGAUAAACCUAAUUUACAAUUUGAUACAGAUGCUGUUAGAUUAUUUGAAGAAUUGUACGAAGAUCAUGGAGACACACUUUCUCUGCAAUAUGGAGGUUCUCAGCUUGUCCACAGAGUAAAAACCUAUAGAAAGAUAGCUCCAUGGACUCAGCAUUCCAAAGACAUUAUGCAAACACUCUCAAGAUAUUAUAGUAAUGCUUUCUCAGAUGCAGACAGGCAAGACUCCAUCAAUCUGUUUCUGGGAGUAUUCAAGCCUACGGAAGGGAAGCCUCAUCUCUGGGAACUACCUACUGAUUUCUAUUUGCAUCACAAGAACACCCUCGGUCUAUCCCAGACCAGGCGAAGCUAUACUUACUGGUGGACCACUGAUGUGCUGAAGCAUUUACCUCUUCCUUUUGAUGAAGUGACAUGUGCUGAAAACAGACGCAAGCUGACAGUGAAGAAAUUCCACAAGUAUGAAGAGGAAAUUGAUAUCCAUAAUGAGUUUUUCCGGCCAUAUGAGUUGAGCAGUUUUGAUGAGACCUUCUGCUUGGCAAUGACCAAUUCUACACGGGAUUUUAUGCCUAAGAAUAUGGGGAUUGAUCCAAGCCCAUUUACUGUUCGUAAACCUGAUGAAACUGGAAAAUCAGUGCUGGGGAACAAAAGUAAUCGGGAAGAAACUGUGCUGCAGCGCAAAACUGCUGCUAGUGCUCCGCCACCCCCAAGUGAGGAGGCAGUGUCGAGUAGUUCUGAAGAUGAUUCUGGGACAGACAAAGAAGAUGAAGGAGCUGUUUCUCAGCGAUCUACUCCAGUAAAAGUGACUGAUACAGGAGAUAACACAAAAAUCACAGAGAAUGUAGUUCAGUCCACCAAAGAUGUGUAUGGAGUUAAUCUUUCAGAUGUUCCUUCAGAAGAUGAUCUCACAAUAUACACAAGAUUUGUUCAGCUGGGACAGAGUCAACAUAAACCAGACAAGAGCAGCCAGCAAGUUUGCACAAAACUCCACUUGGAUAGAGUUAUAAAUUUAGAUCCUGGGAGAAGCAUACAACGAAAAGAAGAGAAAGAGGAGAAAACCAUUAAGAGCAGCAUUGCUUCUUCUGUUUGUUCUUCCUUAUGCACUAGGACUGUAGUAGAAUACCAAUCUCCUCCUUUUCUCAAGAUAAUAUUUACGAAGUCCAGCCUCCAAGAGCUGAUAGGAAAUCAAUAGAGAUUUUUCAUGCGCACAUUCAGGCUGGAAAAGGAAACAUGCAGCCACUGGGAAAAGAGGACUUCUUCAUGUACAGAGAGUACAUUCGAAACAGAUACCUCUAAAUACAAGCUGGAUUCUCAUGUGAAGUCUACAGUACUGAUAGGUCAUAAAAAAUAAUUUUGGAAAGGAAAUCUAGUUUUGUUAUUUUGCAAUAAUAAAUUUAUUUAUCUAACAAUUCUAUCUAUUAUGGUUUGCUAUUGCACAUUUAUGGUACCAUGCUUUACAGGAGAAAAAGUGAUUUAAUAUCUGCUCUUCAGCUGGAAGAGAAAAGUGUUAUUUUAAGAGAUUAAGUGAAUAAUUUGAGCACUUGUAAUAACGGGAAGGUACGUAGUGAUUUAUGGCAAAGAAAAUAUUGUCUUUUAAGUUUUUAUAUUACUUAUAUUCUUAUGUUUGCUAGCAGAGAUGAAAUGAUUUGUACAUGCGAAUCAGAAUAUAAUAUUUUUCUUCCUCUUUGUUCUAUGGCAACAAUCUUUUUUACAAUCAAAUGUUUUCUGAUAUUUCUUGAGAUUUUUAGCAAAUUGAGUGCCCAAAUGACUUCUUGCACUUUGCUGCUUUCUUAAACCACGCUUUUUUUUUUCUUUUGCUUAUGUCAAAAUCAAAAUUUACACCUAGACUAACAUUAUAACUCUAAUCUGUGUCAAAUUAACUUCAUUGGUUCUAGUAGCUACAAAAUCUGUGCUACAUGCAGGGUGGAAAUGGCUCGUGAAUAAUUAUUGUGGGUUUCUAGUAGGCCUCUGAGGUGAACCACUCACUGACUACAUUGUAAAUGAGGGAACCCUUGGAGGGUGCAAGACCAUUUUGCUGUAUGACAGGCAUUACCCUUUUUGCAGCAUAUUGUUUCCAGCCUCAUAUUUGUGCUCAGUUAAGAUGCUUCCAGAUAUAAGCUUACAGCCUCCUAACAACUCAGUGUCACUAAGUGGUGUAGAGACUGGAUCAGCUGGGACGGUCAUGCAAGGGAAAGCAGUAGUUGGGUUUAGGGAAGACUGAACAUCAUGUCCAGUGCUAUGUAAGAAGUGGAGAGGUAUCAGGUACUUGACCUAGAUUAUUUAAGUUGGUCUUGUGAUCAAAACAUUUUCUGAAAUAAGAAAUAAACCCCCCCCACACAAAAACCUAUGACUUGCAAUUACAAGCUAAAAUUUCCAACGCUGCUUUCUAGCCCUCGGCCUUGAGGAACACUGGCAGCAACAACAGCAUCCUUGAUAGAUUAUGUUAUUCCACGUGUUUGUACAGGCCAUAUUUCAGAAUUUUUUGGACCAACUCUGAAUAACUUAUUUGGGGAAUGUCAGCCAACUGCAUGCUAGAUGUAGCGAACACGUUUGUGUUCACAGUUAAGUUGCUUGCAGGCAGCUACUCCAGAUUUUUGGCUGCAUGCUGCAAACAUAUUCUGCAUAUGUUUGCAUAUCUCAUGCAGUCGGUAGCAUUUUUGUCAGUAAUUCAACAAAAAAAGAGAUGCAGUGAACAAAGAGAUUCGAGUUUCUUGUGGGGUCUGUGUGUUUCAGGAAAUGAUUCGUGUGUGGACAGUUAGAGAAUGUGGGACCUCAAGCUACCAAAAAUGUUGGUGUCCAUUCUCUUUUGUUAAUUGAUUCAUAUUGUUUUGAAAUAAAUUAAGGUAUUUUUGCAGGUGCGAGAAUGAAAACACACUUCAGAUAACACUUCAUUGCAACUGGCAACCUCUUUCCUCUGGAAAAACAAAACAAAACAAAAACUAAGACAAAAACAACAACAACAAAAAAGUACCAAACUCUCCUGUCCAUUAUGAAAAAAUACUUGGAAAGAAUAAAUGUUUCAUUUGGAAAAACGUAGAGCUUGGAGUCCUUAUCCUAACAAAACACAUACAUGCUUUUCUUAUUGCACUUAAACUAUUUCCAAAGAUGUUUUGUAGAUGACCACAUUCCUUAUACUUCUGUUGCUCGUAGAUACUGGAAUUUCAUAAAAGCUGUCCUUGAAAGUGUGCCACUUAACCACAGAUAGGUGAAAGAACUAAAGUUGCUGCAAAAUACAGGAAUUGUGACAAUUUUACAGCUUUAAGAGAAAAUAUGUUCAGGCUUUAGCAAUUCAAACACUGUUUAGCAAAAAAGGAUUAUAGGGUUUUGGUUUUACGGUUUUGAGAGGCGAAUGGUAUCUCAGCCCAUUAUCUGUAAUACAAUGCCAUGCUUUUCAGUGUCUUUCUAAAUUUGUGCCAUGACAGUCCUAUAGCAGCAUCCCCUUGAAUCUUGCAGCAUAUAUAGCUGCCUCUUGUUUCUCCUUCCAAUUAGAAAAGGUUUUAAAAAGAAGCAAACACAAAAACACUAGUUUUCACUGUGGUUUGAGCCAUGUUCGCUACUUCAUGAGAUAAUUGGGCAUUAAUUUUGAGGUGCUUGGUUGUGUGUUCUACCACGAUAGUACUGAAACUGCUAAGAACACUUCAGGGUGCUGAUGUCAACUAUUUACUAGGCUUGUUUAAAAAAAUAAAACAACACACAAACAAGGACUCCUAGCUUAACACUGAUUGAAUUACAAAUUUUCAACUGUCUGAAUAAAUCUGCAGCCUUGUGUAUGUAAAGCAUUAAUUGAAAAGGAGAAUAUAUUCAUUGGCCACACAAGUUAAGUUGCACAAAGGAUUCCAGAGAUGCUGGUGUGCAUGUACUUGCUAUAUUCUGUUCUUGUGAGAAUAAGUUCCAGUUGUCAGCUAUGUGAGAAGUUCUGAAUCUGUUUACCUUUCAGAAGCUGAGGAAAGUGUGUGCAAAGUAAUAUAUAUUUUUGUUUAUAAGAUAUUUGUUACAAAGAAUGGGCUGUGUUGGCAAUGAAGACUAACAAGGUGCUUUUUUGACCCUAAGUGCUAAUGAUCUUUAAUAUCUUAAUGUUAUAAAUCCAUAUGGACAAGAGAAAUAUCUCUCGGAGAAGUGUGUGGUUUUUCCUCCAAAAUUUAUUUCAUUUGUUCUGAUGUGUUUGAAGACUACAUUGAAAUAAAAUACCAAAAUGUAUACAUGGA